UUUCCUCAACUUAUUUUGUAUUUACAAUAAGAAAUACUUACAAGUAGUUAUAAUAUUUACAAAUAAAGUGUUAUCAAAAAUAUAUUGAUUUAGUUUAAUUUAUUAAACAUAUUUUUCAAUAGAUUUGUCACCUUCGGGCAUGGAUCCUUUUUUAAAAUUCAGUGCUGUUUAUUCUACCAAUCAGGAAACUUUAAUUGCUCAGGAGUUUGGCAGGCUGAAAGGCACCUAUUACCUAGAUCAUGCCGGAGCUACAUUAUAUUCAGAACAACAACUUCAGAAUAUAUUACAGGACUUAUCAAAAAAUGUUUAUUCAAACCCCCAUGCUAACAACGUUACCAGCAAAUUUACAGAAGAUGCCAUCGACAUAGUUCGAUAUCGGAUUUUAGAACAUUUCAACACUAGUAAUGAAGAAUAUACAGUAAUAUUUGUCUCAAGCACUACAGCCGCUUUAAAAACGAUAGCAGAAUAUUUCGAUUAUGGCAAAAAAGCAGGUACUUUGGUACAUUUAGAAAACAACCACACAUCAGUAUUAGGAAUGAGAAACUACGCUACAAACUCAUCAGAAAUAAAGACUGAACAAGCAAUGUACACUUUAUCAUGUUACGAUAAUGGCAGCACUCACUCUAACUCAGCAAAUACCGACAGUAACAGUCUCUUUGUUUUUCCUGCCCAGUGUAACUUUUCUGGGAGCAAAUACCCCUUAAGUUGGAUCGAUAAAGUAAAAAAUGGUGCUUUGAACAGUUUCAUUAAAGAAAAAAGUACGAAUUGGUAUGUGGUUCUUGAUGCCGCAAGUUACAUAUCGACAAAUAACUUAGACUUAAAUAAGUACAAACCAGAUUUCGUUCCAAUAUCUUUCUACAAAAUGUUUGGAUAUCCAACUGGAAUAGGAGCUCUGUUAGUGAAGAAAACAAGUGAAAAUCUAUUGGUCAAGAAAUAUUUUGGAGGUGGCACAAUAUUUAUGGCACUUAGUUCGAAAAAUGUAAUGGUACCUCGAAGUAGCAUGCAAGAAAGGUUUGAAGAUGGAACGUUACCAUUUUUGUCAAUUUUAGCGAUUAAACAUGGCUUUGAUACAAUAAACAGGUUGAAUUUAAACUUUGACCUUAUAUCUCAACACACUUUUUCUUUGGCACAAUAUGUAUACAGAAAUUUGUUACUGAUGCAUCAUUCCAAUGGAAAUCCGGUUGUAGUAUUGUACCAUGACACAGUAUUCAGCAAUCGAGAUCAUCAAGGCGGUAUAGUCAACUUCAAUUUACUGAGACCAAAUGGAGAUUUUAUUGGAUACUCUGAGGUGUCACACAUGUCAAAUUUGCAUGGGAUUCAAAUAAGAACGGGAUGCUCUUGUAAUCCUGGAGCUUGCCAACGUUUCUUAAAACUGAGUACAGACGAUGUUAAGAAACACUUUGAUGCUGGUCAUGUUUGUGGAGACCAACAUGACUUGGUCGACAAUUACCCUACAGGAUCUGUUAGAAUUUCAUUUGGAUACAUGACCACCCAGGAAGAUGCAGAUAAAUUAUUAAAUAUGAUUGAAAAUUGUUUUAUAUCUCAGCCUGUAAUAAGAAAGUUACCACGUACCUGGCAUAAUAUGCAAACGGCUUAUGAGAAAUUAUAUUUAGGAAAAUCUGAAACUGAAAAUGAAACUGAAACCAAAAUACUAUCAAAAAGCAAUCUCAGUGCGUGUAUAUCAAAUCACAAUACAGACUGUUAUAAGGAAGCUCCUGUAGGCAAAUUACAGCAGAUUCUUGUUUAUCCCAUAAAAUCAUGUGGUGCUUUUUCUGCUGAAAACAAUUGGAUUAUAACUUCGAAAGGUUUGAAAUAUGAUAGAGAAUGGAUGAUUACUGGCCCCACAGGAGUAUGUCUUACACAGAAACAUAAUAAAAAUCUGUGUCUUAUAAAGCCUACAAUCGAUCUGAAAGAGAAAAUCCUUAAACUGAAAUUUAAAGGUCAACCUGAUUUUGAACUAAAUCUAAUGGAGCCAUCUAAUCAAGAAAAAAAAGCAUACCUUUGUCAGAGCAAAGUUUGCGGAGACAGAAUACAAGGCUGGGACUGUGGUGAUGAGGUGUCCGAUUGGCUUUCUGAAACUUUACGCACACCAGGAUUGCGGCUUUUACACCAAUGUCACUUCGAUGAAGAAAUAUCAGGAAGAAUUUUAAAAAAUGAAACCUCAUCUCAACUAUCUCUAGCAAACAAGGCACAAUAUUUAUUAAUUAAUUCAAAAAGUGUUGAAUGGUUGAUGCAAAAAAUUCCAGAGAAUGAACUAAUUGAGGAUAAAUAUUCUGUUAUACAAAGGUUUCGACCAAACUUAGUGGUUAAUUUUAGCCAACCAUUUCAGGAAAACAAAUACGGUGGAUUUUUAUUCAACGACAUUCCAUUUCAGUCGGCAGGAAAAUGUACGAGAUGUCAGAUGAUUUGUAUAAACCAGAGUUCUGGAGAAAUAUCCAAAGAACCUUUACUUACUUUAUCCCGUGAAUUUAAAGGCAAGAUAGCAUUUGGAGUAUACUUAAACCAAGAUAUAGCCAACGAAGAAAGAAUGAUUUCCAUUGGAUGCAGCAUUAUAGGGAAAACUACUGAAAUGAGUUAAAUGGUUAUUUAUAAGAUUGUUACAUAUGUAUUUCAAAAUAUUUUUAAUCUCACUAAAAAUGAAAAAAAACUAAUAGCUUUAUUGAAUUGUCCAUAUUUGCUGUCAAAAUUUGAUUUUGAUACGAUCACAAAGGGUGUUUGGUUCAAUAACUACAAUUUUAAAAUGCAGUAUUUUGAAAAUCAUGUAUAAAGGAAAAAAUUUCA